AUGGUAAGUCAAGCGAUAAAAGGAGCUGAUCAACCACGAGCUCAAUGGUAUUGGAAAUCAAAUUCUGACCCGUGGUCAACAAAUGGAAAUGAAGAAUGGACAAAAUAUUCUGAUAUCGAAUCAGCGAUUAUCGAAGAAGU